AUGUCUUUUAUAAAUUUUUCUAAAAGUUUUCUAUUACUAAAUAGCAAAAAAGUACCAACACAUGAAUUGGAUAAUGCCACUCCCAAUACUAAUACGAUAGUAGAAUCUGAUACAAUUAAUGUUGCUGAUGACUUGAUCUCAGGAACUAGUACAAUUAGUCCCGUGGAUACCUCAAUAUUGGAAACCAGCACAAUCAAUACUGUUGACGCUUCAAUAUUAGAAACUAGCACAAAUAAUACUGUCGAUAAUUCAAUAAUAGUGGAAACAGACACUAGUAAUAACAUUGACUCAAAUUUUGAUGAAGCUAUAAAGUUGGUUUUAAGUGAAAAAAAUCCUGAUUUAAAAAAUGCAGAGGCUUGGAAUCAAUUGAUUAUUGAAUGUGCCGAUAAAGGAAGAUCUAAAAUGUCAAUCAUAUUAUUCAAUGAGAUGAAACGGCUUUCAAUGCUUCCAUCUCAAAAAUCAUAUACAGCAAUCGAACAUGUCAACCUUCUAUUGGCUACCUGUCAAAAGGCAUACAAUUUCAAUGUUGCACUAGAAACCUACGAUAAUUUGAUUAGGAGCGGUAGGUUGAAACCAAACAAAGAGACUUACCUGCGAAUCUUGAACAUAUGUUCAGCAAAUUCUUCAAAACAACCAGAAACUACUUAUGAAUUGGCAACUGAUGUUUGGAACAAGUUGGUUAAACAUGAUGAUCAGCAGAGCAAGGAGGCAAAUGACGCAGUGAUUGUUGAUAACGAAUUGGUUAGUGGUGUGAUUUCAGUUUUCAAAGACACUAAACAUCCGCACCAUGCUUUUGAUAUUAUUGAUAACACUUAUGGAUUUGGUAAAGUUUCCACACCUUCUGCAGAAGAUAAAGAAUCUUCAGAAUCAACAAAAGAAGAUUUAUCAACUUCCACAAUUGCAUCUAAUAAGCCUGCUCUGAUAUUACCAAUUACAAAUGAUGUAUUGGUCAGUAUUUUUGGUUUAUGUUUUAAAGUAAGGCAAUACAAUUUGGGAAUAGAAUACUAUAAUCAGGUUAUGACAAAAUAUCCGAAUUUCUCACUUGACAUUAACGCCUAUAAUAGUGUGAUUACACUCUACAACCUCACUUACCAAUACAAGAAGACACUUGAAGCUUACCAUAGCCAAUUUAAAAAAGGUGGUAUGGUACAAAAUACAACAACAUUUGAAUACUUGAUGACAGCAUGUCAAAGUCUUCGUGAUUUGAGCACAGCAAAAGAAGUUCUUGAGAAUGCAGUUGAGAAUCAAGUAAUGUUGAAAACAUUUGGUUUAACAAGAUUAUUCAGACUGAUAUUGGAACAAGCCAGAACUACAGAAAAUUAUAAUGAUAUUUGUUGGUUAUUGGAAAAAAUAGACAAGACAGUAGAUAUUGAUUUCGAUAAAGAGAAAAAAGGAUUUAUUUUGAUUAAAUAUAUGGAUGACGCGAUAUUUUUACGUACUCUUUCAUCAGCAUAUGAAAUUGCAUUGGAGGAAGUAAAAGAUUUGUCAGAGGAAAAAAGAGUUCAAUGGAUAGAAGAUAAAAAAUAUUUUGAUCAUAAGGCUGACAGAUUGCUUGAGACCACAUCCAAAUAUUCAAAACAAAAUAGCAUGCAUGAAGAUGAUUUAAGAAUGAGAAAAAUAUAUCAGGGAAGAUGGAAAACUCAAGAUGAUGAGAGUUGGCCUAAUACGUCAUCAUAUAUGAGAAAUAGACCACCAACGCGUUAUAAUCCAAAUAAAAGUUUUGGACGUCCACCAUCACCUGAAUUGUCAUUUGAUUCAUCACCAUCAACUGGAUCAUAUGGUAAUUUUAGAGGCCAGCAUAAUAGAGGAAGGCCUGGUGGAUAUCGCGGAGUAUCACGUAAUUACAGAAAUGUUGGUUAUCGCGGGCCAAACUACAGCAAUGGUUAA